UAGUCAGGCUGUAUUUGGAAACGCCCUCAACUGCACCUUGUGCUCCUAUAUUAGUGUUUCUCAAGCAAGAGGAAUUUUCUUUUGCUUCUGCAGCUGCUCCUGCAAAACCCUCUGCCUGUAUGCAAGCCCUGCAUCUCUGGACUCUGCUUGCCACCUAUGCUGUUGCAGUAGGACAAAAUCAAGGACAGAAGAAUCAGGAGUGCCCUAAGCUCAACGCACAGAUGCCAGAAUUUCAGAAGAAGACUGUCCAUAUUAAGGACCCAGGGAGAGUAGAGGAGAUUAUUUGUGGCCUCAUCAAAGGUGGAGCUGCCAAACUUCAGAUAAUUACAGAUUUUGAUAUGACAUUAAGUAGAUUUUCCUACAAUGGAAAAAGAUGUCCAACUUGUCAUAACAUCAUCGAUAACUCUAAGCUGAUCACAGAGGAAUGUCGGAAAAAGUUAUUGCAGCUGAAAGAAACCUAUUACGCUAUUGAAAUUGAUCCAUCUCUUACUAUUGAAGAAAAAUAUCCAUAUAUGGUAGAAUGGUACAAUAAAUCUCAUGCCCUACUCAUUGAACAAGGCUUACAAAAGGAUAAGCUUGCAGAAACUGUGAAAGAAUCUGAUGUUAUGCUGAAAGAAGGAUAUGAGAACUUCUUUGAUAAGCUCAGUGAACAUAAUAUUCCUGUGUUCAUAUUUUCUGCUGGGAUCGGGGACAUUCUUGAGGAAGUUAUCCACCAGGCUGGGGUUUACCAUUCGAAUGUCAAAGUGGUUUCCAAUUUCAUGGAUUUUGAUGAAAACGGAAUAUUAAAAGGAUUUAAAGGAGAAUUGAUUCAUGUUUACAACAAACAUGAUGGUGCUUUGAAGAAUACGGAGUACUUCAAACAACUAAAAGACAACAGUAAUAUCAUACUACUGGGAGAUUCCCAAGGAGACUUGAGUAUGGCAGAUGGAGUAGCAAAUGUUGAACACAUCCUUAAGAUCGGCUAUCUCAAUGAUAAAGUAGAUGAGCUUUUGGAAAAAUAUAUGGACUCUUAUGAUAUUGUGUUGGUGAAAGAUGAAACCCUGGAAGUUGCCAACUCCAUUCUACAGAAAAUCCUGUAAAUUGCAGUCUCAAGUCACUCCAUUCCUUCCAGGAGGCAAGUGGACAGAAGAGCACUCGUGUGCUAUCUUAGAUGUGUUUGUUACUCAUUUACAGAACUGUUUAAUUUUAUUUAAGACUUUUAUCUUCAUUUUGGUGUUUUGAAAUACAUAUGGUAUCCAUUGUCAACUAGAAGCUCCUUUUACUGCUCUUACACUGUUCUUUAUUGUCUCACACUCCUACUAUAACUAGAUUUAAAUCGGAUUUGUAGAUGUGAUAAACUGCUGCUGAUGGGAUACUAUGGUUCACCGUCUUUUACUCAGGCAUUUCAGAGGAGCAUUUUAGAAAAUGGCUAUUUUGUAAAAUGGAAGAUGUAAACAUUCUGUGACUAAGCAGUGUGCGCCUUUGUGUUGCCUUUUCUUCUUUCAAAGAAGAUACAUCAGUCUCAGCUGUACUUUGAAGGAUCUUACUCAUAUGCUGCAUAUGACUUUCACAGAAGUUUUUCAUACAUAUAUUUUUCUUCAGUAAAAAUGCUUUAUUCACCCAA